CAGUCGAAACGGGCAUCGGUCCAGACCCUCAGCCAGUAUCUCGCACCCAAGCGGUUCUAACUUGGGAUUGAUCCAAAGUCGCAAUAACUUCACCUAGUGCCCAAUUCAGGAGACAUCAAAAUGCGUUCCUGCGGUCCGAGUUUGAUUAAAUAUGUCUUGUUCGCCUUUAAUGUGCUCUUUGCGAUCUCCGGCUUGGGAAUUCUCAUAGCUGGAGCCGUUGUCCUGGCCGACGUGAGUGAGUUCAAUCACUUUGUCGAGGGUCGAGUCCUUGCACCGCCCAUUGUCCUCAUAGUCACGGGCCUGAUCAUAUUCCUGAUAGCUUCGCUGGGCUGUUUCGGAGCGAUCAAGGAGUCUCCAACGCUGCUCGUUACAUUCGCCGUCCUUCUGGCCGUCAUCUUCAUUGUGGAGCUGGCCGUCGGGAUUGCGGCCAGCGUUUUCAAGAAGGACCUGGAGGGAAUGGUGAAGAACUCGCUGCAGGAGUCCAUCAAGCGGUCGAACAGCGAGGACACCAUGGCCUGGGACAACAUCCAGCAGAAGCUGAUGUGCUGCGGAGUGGACUCCCCGGCGGACUGGAGGACACUCAGUGCGAACAAAACGCUGCCGGGCAGCUGUUGUCAGCCGCAGUUCAUCGACACCACCGUGGGUCACUGCCAGGACUCUCCGGCUCUCGGCAAGGAUAAGUACUUCCAGGACGGCUGUGUCGGCAAGCUGAGGGAUCGCAUCGAGAAGAACGCCAUCAUCCUGAUCGGUGUGGGCAUCGGCAUUGCUUUUAUCCAGAUUCUGGGCAUCGUGCUGGCCUGCUAUCUGGCCAACUCCAUUCGACAGGAGCGGGCCAAGUAAUACCCAUCAAAGCAAUCACACCGAGUGUAUCCAUAAUUAUAAUUAAAGCUGUUUAAUUUUAUAUAGUUGAAAUUGCUGUACCGUUGAAUUCUGCUCAAUUUACAUUAAACUUACCCUCCAAAUCGAAUGACACACACACACAUAUAUGAAAAACGCAACAAUUCAUAUCAGAUCGAACCAUUUUCUUUGCCAGACCCACUGUUUCAUGCCAUCUCACUUUUCAAAUCCCAUCUGUCUUAUUAUUGAAAUGUAUCCCCUGUUCAAUCUUUUAUAAUGCAUUUUGUAAAAACAGCCAAGUUUCACUCAAAUUUGUAUACCUUUUCUUCAUCUGCGACC